AUGCUUGGCUAAAAAUUUGAAUUUAUCUAGAGAAACGGAUAAAGAAUAAACCUGAUUUGCGAAUUAGCUAUGUGCAGAUUCCGCAACGUUCUUAAGUUAUAGCAAAAGCUCAGCGUAUAAUCCUACCCUAUCAUACCAUUUGUAAGUGGAAAGGACUUGAAAUUAACAGAGAUCUACUACUAUGUCUAGAAUAGUCAUAGACAUAUUUAUCAUAACUUUCAUCCAAUGGAUAAUAUAACUCCAGAAUCAAGAGUUACACCUAUAAAGUCUUAAAUGUUACAUAGAGAAACGGAGUAGGGUGAAAUAUCCACACUAAAUACAUUAAUCCAAAAUUAAACAGUUGCAGAAUACCCAAUUUUUAUUCCAGAUAUUGGUAGUGAGAGAAGUUAAUUAUUGAUAACUAGCGAAUAUGGUUCAUGA